AUGGAUAUUUUAAGGUUACUUUCUAGGUCGUCGAAGCAGUCGGGCCAACAAAAAGUAGGAGGCAUUGCUUCGAAAUUACCUUCGAGUGGAACAUCUGCAAAUCCUCAAUUGUACCACGAUCCGAUUCCCGAAUCGAGAGGCAAGAAAAGAAAGAGAGGAGGACCAUCUCAGGAGGUUGGUGCUACGGAACAAAAAGAUGGCAAUCUCAAUUUCUUCUCGUCUGAACCUGCGGCACAGAAAUCUAAGAAAAAUACUUCCACAGACGAUGCGCCCAAACCUGCACGUUCGAAUCAAUCCUCGGAACCAGAGGCACUUCUAGAUGAGGGAGAAUGCCGACAGAUAUUAAAAUCGCAUCGAUUGAAGGUUACUCUUCUACCUGGCGCAAAACCGCAAAAGAAGAUUAAGAAGUCAAAAAAGUCGAAGCCUGCUAAACCUACGAAGGAAGAGAUCAAGCAAUUAUACCCACAGCCAUUGAUGGCGUUUCCAGAUUUACGAGCUACAUACAAGAUAUCAGGCAGACUAUCAGAAAAUUUGAAGGAUCAAGGAUAUAAGAUCCCCACUGAAGUUCAAAUGGGAAGUUUGCCGCUACUUCUGAAACCUUCAGUCGCAUUGAGUAGUUCAUCGGUAGAUACUGAUGAGUUAUCGAGUACCCUGGAUUUACUGGCCGUUGCGCCUACUGGAAGUGGAAAGACUUUGGCAUUCUUAAUACCGGUUAUUAAUGAGAUAGUACAAAGACGCAGGACUUCCGAUAAGAAUCAUGAUUUGGAGGCUGUCAUAAUAGCACCUACGAAGGAGCUCGCUAGUCAAAUUGUUAACGAGGGAAAGAAGCUUAGUAUUGGAACUGGAGUUAAGAUUCUUGGAAUGAAGAAAGGGAUGAGGAUAAUACCGAGUACCAAUACUGAGGAAAAAGACCAGUCAGGCGACGAUGAGGAUGACGAAUCGGUCGAUGGAACUAGUUCAUCUAGUCAGCCACUUACCAAGACUGAUAUACUGGUUACAACACCUUUGAUCUUCCUUCAUGCCUUAUCCUUAGGAUCUCCAGAUAGUCAUGCUCCAUUACCGACUGUUCGUACAUUAGUCUUCGAUGAAGCAGAUGUUCUUCUAGACCCAUUAUUCAGAGAACAGACCUUGGGUAUCUGGAAUUCUUGUAUCAAUCCUGAUCUACGAGUCACUCUUUGGUCGGCAACAAUGGGUUCAAAUAUUGAAACUCUCGCCUCAGCCACUAUACAAGCCAGACAAGAAAAAUUAGGCUUCGAGAAACAUUCAAAUCUUGUUCGUCUUGUAGUCGGACUUAAAGAUUCUGCAAUUCCUAAUAUUACACAUCGUUUGGUUUAUGCUGCGACAGAACCCGGUAAACUUAUUGCUCUUCGACAAUUGCUUCGACCCACAGCAAAAACUGCAGAUGGAACAGAAUCUUUACGACCUCCAUUCCUUGUCUUCACACAAACGAUACCUAGAGCUAUUGCUUUACAUGCCGAACUACUGUACGAUAUCCCCGCCGAAGCAGGUGGUUCUACCAGAAUCGCAGUACUACAUUCAGAUCUUUCCGACUCGGUUAGAGAUCAAGUCAUGACACGAUUCCGUAAUGGUGAGAUCUGGAUCUUGAUUACUACGGAUAUUUUGUCCCGAGGUGUCGAUUUCAAAGGUAUCAACGGUGUGGUUAACUAUGAUGUUCCAAAUUCAGGAGCAGCUUAUAUCCAUCGUGUAGGACGUACUGGACGAGCUGGUCGUGAUGGUGGUAUCGCAGUGACAUUUUAUACCAAAGAGGAUAUUCCAUAUGUUAAGAACGUUGCAAAUAUCAUCGCAGCAUCAGAGAAACAAGCUGGAAAACCAGCAAGCGAAGCGAGUAUGCAGAAAUGGUUAUUAGAUGCAUUACCAACACCUAGCAAGGAAGAGAAGAAGAAAUUGAAGAAAUAUGGCGUUGAAGCUAGACGAGGAGGUUUGGGUAAUGCAAAGGAUGGGAAAGAUAAGGGAGGGAAAUCGAAAUCGAGAAUGCAGAUUAGUACGAAGAGUGGUUAUGAGAGGAAAUUGGAAAACAAUCGGAAAGGAGCUAUUCAGGGAAGUAAGAGACGAAAGCAGGAGAAUGUGGGAGGUAGUGGGGAAGUGGAUGAUGAUGUGUUUGAGGGUAUUGAGGAUUAG